ACCGAGAAGGUUCACGUUCGGUUAUCCCUCCUCCCUAAUAAGUCCUCACUCUCUCUCCUCUCAAAGACGAAAGUCAGGAAACGACUCUUUCUCUCAGUAGUCGAAAGAGUUUCCUCCUCCACUCCUGUUUUCGAAAGUUAGAAAAAAAAAAGAGGGAAAAAAGGAAGUGGAAAGCACAAACAACAGUACAUCUUGCAGUUGCACGGUCCAUAUCACUCUUCCUGUCUCUUUAUUUCUCUACUCUCUUCCAGAUUUUCCUUCUCAGAUUUCCAUUCCUUUCUCAGCUCUGUUUCCAUCUUACCAUUCCCGCAAAAUCAGUGUCCAAGCAUCAAAAUCUCUUCAGAUUCUCUUCUCUUUUCUUCGUAAUCUCUUGCUUUUUCUCGUCUUCCCUAGACAAACUGACAAAGCCUUCUGGCUGCUUUCUGCUUUUAUAUAACAGCUCAUAACCCGGCAUCAUUCCAGUGUAAUCCAUUUUGUCACUUCAUCGUCGGCGUUGAAGCUUUGAUCGGCAAACCUGAGUUCCAACACAGUUCCAGAAAGCGCUUUCCAGGUGUAAAUUUUCAUAAAUCUGUCAAAAACUAUGUCUUGACGUUUGUUGGGUUCCGUUUCUCUGCACUCGGUUCGGCUUCCGACACUUGUUCUCUUACAUUCAGUCUCCAACAAAUAAAAACCGUCUAUCCAUCUUUGUUGUCUCCCGAUAAUGGAUUCUUUCGAUUUCGACAACAUUAAAGCAGAGAAGGCGAACGCUAUGCUCAGGUACCAUCGCCUUCGCAAGAUUGCCAACCUCUUCCGCUGCGUUGAGUUAUGUGUUGCUCUCAUCAUAUUCUCCUGGUUUUCCACUCGCCUUUCGAUUAUCGUCAGGAUCUCCGGCGAGUAUUUCCGGGAGCUAUGUGUGGUACUUGCUAGUCCUCGAUUUGUUUUCUUAGUCGGUAACGCUAUCAUCAUCAUUCUGUUCGCGAAAUCCGGCCAGUUCUCCGGCCAAAAUGCUUCCGCAAAUACCUCCAGCACUGAUCUCUACGACGAGUUCGUGAAGAGCAGCGAAAACCGUCGUAGGAUCCGACCGGAACGUCCCGAACCGGCGCCAGAGGUCAUCGUAUACGAAGACAAGGAAACUGUUAGCGAAGAAAGCACAGUUUCUCCGACAUAUCGAGACGUUGAAAUGGUUCCAGUUACCAAGACUUAUCAGAGGAGUCACUCGGAGAACUUCAAGCACGAGAGUCAAGAAAAAAUGCUUAAGGAGCUCCGGCGGUCGGAAACGGAGAAAUGCUGGAAACUUGAAGAGUCCGACGCAAAAGCGGAGGAGGCGUCAUAUUCCGAGUCUGAUUUGAGUAACGAGGAGUUCCGUCGCAAGAUUGAAGCCUUCAUAGCGAAGCAGCAGAAGUUUCAAAGGGAGGAAUCCAUGGCUAUCGUUCUUCAGACUCAAAGCUGAUUAGGCUAAUUCGCAAGAGAAGAAAAAGAAAAUAAAAAUCACUUGAAAUAUAAAACUCUGCGCUGUAGAAAAAUCAUCUCAUUUUUCUUUUCUCAUUUUUGGGUUUAAUUGUUAAUUUUCUUCUUUCUUUCCUUUUCUCUCAUAAUGCUGUUUGAGGCUGUACAGUGUAAUGAAGUAAGGAGUAAUUCUCUUUCUUCCCCUCCUAUGUUAUAUGAGAAUGGAGAGUGCUGGUUUCAAAAUCUGAACCAUUUGAUUAA